ACUAGAUCUACUUAGGUACCUACCUACCACCUACUCACUCCUCUCUACUUUAUCUUCCGAAUACAUUCGUUUAAUUCGUCAACAUCGGUAAAGGCUUGACAACGGCCUCGGGAUCUCAUUAUGGCCCCAAGGCGACCCGAUAAAAAAUCGAAAAAGAAAGGACAAGCAUCUAUUUCCAGGGCAGCCGGUGGCACUUCUAAGCCUAUCUCUCCCCAGGUACUAGUCAAGGCGGCCGAAUAUCAACUACAGGAGGGUAACGUCCAGGAUGCCGCUACUUUGGCAGAGAAAGCGCUGGAUCAAUCGUCUGCCGGUUCAGAUGACGAAUUGUCCUCGUUAAAUCUACUCGGUCAGAUCAAUCUAGAAGCGGGCGAAUUUGAGGCAGCGCGAGAGUAUUUCUUACGGGCUGUCGCGGUAGACGAAGAUGGCUCUAAAGAUGAAGCUGUUGGUGGCGGCCCAGAGAAGUUUUUAUGUCUUGCGCAACUAAGCGGCGAGGGUGGUAAGGAUAGUGUGAAGUGGUUUGAGAAGGGCGCCGCGGCGCUGAAGAAACAAAUACAGACAUUCGAAGAAGCGCGCCGAAAAAGCGACGAGCAAGUAAUUCUACUCGACGAAUUAAAGAAAAAGUUAGCUAUGACGUUAUGUUCAGUUGCGGAAGUCUACAUGACGGAUCUGUCGUGGGAGGAAGACGCGGAGCAGAGGUGCGAGGUGUUAGUUACGGAAGCGACGAUGGUUGCGCCGGACUUCGCGGAGACGUGGCAAACAUUAGCAAAUGUGCGAAUCUCACAGUCCCGAGCUGAAGAUGCGAAAGCGGCUCUAACUAGAAGUCUGGUACUCUGGAAAGAUUUACCACCCGAAGAUCCUGCUGUGCCUGACUUUCCAAGCCGGGUCGGUCUUGCGAGAUUGCUCAUGGAGGUAGAUAUGGAGCAAGAGGCAAUUGAAGUGCUCGAACGACUGGUUAGUGAAGACGACCAGAGUGUCGAGGUAUGGUAUUUGGGUGGUUGGGGUCUUUACGUUACGGGUGAGAAACAGAGGUCAAACAAGCCAAACGAGGAGGAUUGGAAGGCCUCGUGGAUCUCUAGCCGGGUGUGGCUCAACCAAUGCCAACACCUAUACAAGCUACAAGAUUACGAAGACGACCGAUUGGGAGAACAUGCUAAGGAGCUACUUGCUCUCAUCGCCAAAGAGCUAGGCGAAGGACCUGCUGGAGAGAAUGACGAGGAUGAAUGGGAGGAUGACGAUAAUAGCGAUGAGGAGAUGAAGGAUUAGAUAAUUCCAUGGCAUCAAAGGGUUUCGUUUAUAUAUGGAAGAUAAUACAGACUCUGGUGGUUUAGUUUCGGCAUGGACAUGGCGUUUGGAAUCUAAAAAGAGAGACGUAUACUU